AGAGUCGCGUUCUUCAGUCUCGUAGCGGCGGGCCGGAGGGAAGGAGCUCCGUGACCCUGAGGACGAUUCUCGGAUUUUUUUCGCCGUCUCGUUCUGCUCCGUUCUCUUCCUCGGGCGAGUCUCGCGCUACGAUUUCGCCGCAAUUAUUCAACGCGAUACCACGGCGUCUAUCUUCUCCCUCGCGCGCGCUUCUCUUGCUUUCCGGUUGCUCAAACGCGUAUCCACGAGUUAUUUGUCGGCGUUUUACUUGUUAUUUGUCAUUUCGUUUCAUUUCGUUGUGGUGAAGUGAAUUAUCCACGGAUUGUUCGGAAACGGAAGUCACCUCAGUGGUGUACAUGUAACCCGGGAUCAGGAUUCACGCCGUAGAACGUAGGAGAAACGAACGAAUAUGCUGAUAAGAGAAUUGGCGGCCGUUUUGGUCGCCGUCCUCUUGUGCCAUCUGCAGCUAACGGAGUCUCAGGUUCCUGCUACAAAUGUCUUCACCUGUCCAAGCGGAUGGGAGCUGCGAGGUAUACACUGUUAUAAAUUUUUCGCCAUCGUGCAUUCCUGGGAAAAAGCAGCGGAAUUAUGCAGGAGAUAUGGCGGCGAGCUGAUGGUGGUGGACUCUUACAGCGAGAACAACAUGUCGGCCAGCAUGGUUCCCCCGAAAUUGAAGCGUUAUUGGCUGGGUCUCGCUUCGCUCGACGAUUUACGAACCAACACACUCGAGUCUGCCGCAGGAAUGCUCGUCUCUCAAUAUGCCGGUUUCUGGGCAUCGAGACAACCGAAUCCGCAUUCGGGCGAAUGCGUAGACGUCGCCUUGACAGAUGACCGACAAACGUGGGAACUGACCACGUGUGAGUCGCUGCUGCCUUUCAUGUGUCGUAGUAGCGCCUGUCCUUCCGGCUCGUUCCACUGUUCGAACGGCAAGUGCAUCAACGCAGCGUUUAAAUGCGAUAAGCAGGAUGACUGUGGCGACUAUUCCGACGAAAUGGACUGUCCGGCCAACUGUCAAUACUACAUGGUGAGCAGCGGCGACGUUGUAGAGAGUCCAAAUUACCCACAUAAAUAUGCACCUCUCAGCAACUGCAAGUGGACGCUGGAAGGACCUCAAGGGCACAAUAUCCUCCUGCAGUUUCAAGAAUUCGAGACGGAGAAGAGUUUCGACAUAGUGCAAAUCCUCGUGGGUGGUAGAACCGAGGACAAGUCCGUGAAUCUUGCUACUUUGUCCGGCAAACAGGAGCUCAGCAACAAGCUCUUCGUCUCGGCCUCGAACUUUAUGAUUAUAAAGUUCAGCAGCGACGCCUCGGUGGAGAAGAAGGGUUUUCGCGCUUCAUGGAAGACCGAGGCGCAAAAGUGUGGCGGGAGCCUUCAGGCGACGCCACAGGGUCAGGUGCUCACGUCUCCUGGCUACCCGCAGAAUUAUCCAGGAGGGUUGGAGUGCCUGUACAUUAUUCGAGCUCAGCCGGGACGCAUUAUGUCCUUGGAGAUAGAGGACUUGGAUCUCGAAACAAAUCGGGACUACAUUUUAAUCAGGGACGGAGAUUCGCCCAUGAGUCGACCGAUCGCGCGUCUAACGGGAAAAUCGGACGACAAUCCUACGGUGAUCAUGUCCACCGGCAGCGACUUGUAUCUCUACUUCAAAACGAGCCUCGGUGAUUCCAGGCGAGGAUUCAGCAUUCGCUACACGCAAGGUUGCAAGGCUACAAUCAUCGCGAAAAACGGCACAGUUCAGUCGCCUUCCUACGAUCUCAACGACUAUCCCAACAAUCAGGAGUGUCUGUACAGGAUCAAGAAUCCAAACAGAAGACCGUUGUCUUUGAAAUUCGUCAGUUUCAACGUUCACCAAACUGACUACGUGCAGAUAUACGACGGUUCAAAUACAAACGGCCUUGGCCUGCAUCCCGUUAACGGCUUCACUUGGAACGCUCAACCCAAAAUCACCCUCACCGCCGAAAGCGGAGAGAUGCUCGUUAGAUUCGUAUCCGAUGCUUUACAUAGCAGUGCCGGCUGGCAAGCUGAGUUCUCCGCCGAUUGUCCGAAAUUAAAAUCCGGCGAGGGUGCUCUGGCGUCUAGUCGGGACACAGCCUUCGGCACGGUGGUUACGUUCUCGUGUCCAUUGGGACAAGAAUUCGCCACGGGAAAGUCGAGAAUCUCCACAGAAUGUCUCCCCGGAGGCAACUGGUCCGUUACGUAUAUCCCGAAAUGUCAGGAAGUGUACUGCGGCCCCGUGCCUCAAAUUGACAAUGGAUUUUCGAUCGGCUCCUCGAACGUCACUUAUCGAGGUCUGGCGACUUAUCAGUGUUACGCGGGUUUUGCUUUUCCUACGGGAAGGCCGACGGAAAAGAUCUCGUGCUUGGCUGACGGAAGAUGGGAGAAGAAACCGUCCUGUUUAGCGUCUCAGUGCGCUCCGCUACUAGAAGCUCCUCAUUCCAACAUAACCAUCCUGAACGGAGGUGGUCGAAGUUACGGCACGAUCGUUAGGUUCGAAUGCGAGCCUGGAUACGUACGAAGCGGACAUCCUGUCAUUCUUUGCAUGAGCGAUGGUACUUGGUCCGACCAAGUGCCAACGUGUUCUCGUGCUAAAUGUCCACUGCUACCUACGAUUAAGAAUGGAUUCGUCGUUGACACCGGUAGGGAUUAUUACUUUGGUGACGAAGCUAGAGUGCAAUGCAACAGGGGCUACAAGCUAACCGGAUCGAACAUUAUACCAUGCGGCCCUCAUCGAUAUUUCGAUAAUGUGCCGACUUGCGAAGAUAUAAACGAGUGCGCAUCCACUCAGUGUGACCUGGCGUCCACAGAGUGUAUAAACUAUCCCGGCGCGUUCACCUGCAAGUGUAAGCCCGGCUUUGCUCUUACCACAGAGUGUCGAUCUAUCGGCGAUCUCGGUCUCAUUAACGGCGGCAUUCCCGACGAGUCGAUCACGGUUUCGGGCUCGGACAAUGGCCACACCAGAACCGGAAUUCGCUUGAACAACGGCAAUGGCUGGUGCGGCAACAGCAAGGAGUCGGGUGGUGCAAACUGGGCGAUGAUCGAUAUGAAAGCACCGACAAUUAUUCGCGGUUUCCGCACGCAUGUCGUAGAGAGAAACGACGGCACAAUCGCCUACGCGUCCGCAGUACGGAUUCAGUAUACGGAUGAGCUUACAGACGCUUUCAAGGACUACACAAAUCCGGACGGUACACCGGUCGAAUUCAGAAUCGUGGAACCGACGCUUUCCGUUCUGAAUCUGCCAAUGCCGAUCGAGGCGCGUUACGUGAGAUUCAGGAUACAGAGCUACCACAACAAACCCUGCAUGAAGUUGGAGAUAAUGGGCUGCACCAGGCUGGAAUGCAUCGACAUCAAUGAGUGCGCUGUAAAAAACGGCGGUUGUCAUCAGAAGUGCAUCAACAGUCCCGGUGGCUAUUCCUGCAUGUGCAACACCGGUUUCGAGCUGUAUAAAGGCAACGGCACGGCUGGAUACAAUCUGGCGAAAUCGGAGACUGGCGAGAGGGAUGGUGAUUUGUACCAGAGAAACAAAACGUGCGUGGCGGUGAUGUGCCCGCCCUUAACGGCGCCGGAAAAUGGAAAACUGUUGUCGACUAAGAAGCAGCAUCACUUCGCUGACCUCGUUAGAUUCCAGUGCAACUUUGGCUACGUACUGUCCGGGUCUGCGGCAGUAAUUUGCACUUCCUCCGGCGCGUGGAACGGAACCGUACCCGAGUGUCAAUACGCGAAAUGUGUCUCGCUACCAGACGAUAAGAAUGAAGGUCUUGCCGUGAAACGGACCGACACGAACAGCGUACUGGUGCCCUUCAAGCAAAACGUCACUCUCGAGUGCAGCAGCGACGGCCGUUAUUUGCGCAGCACCGUGACUUCCGCUUUCCGACAGUGCGUGUACGAUCCGAAACCUGGCUUUCCCGAUUACUGGCUAUCCGGUUUGCAGCCAGCUUGCCCUCGAGUGGACUGCGGGAAGCCUCCUCCCACGCCUGGCGCCGAGUACGGUCAAUAUCCGGACACCAAGUACAAAUCUUCCUUCUUCUUCGGCUGUCAGGACACCUUCAAGUUGGCCGGUCAGACCAAUCGUCACGACAAUGUCGUGCAAUGUCAGCAGGACGGUGUGUGGGACUUUGGCAAUUUGCGAUGCGAAGGUCCGGUAUGCGAGGAUCCUGGAAGGCCAAGCGACGGCUAUCAAGAGGCGCGAAGCUACGAACAGGGUUCGGAGAUUCGGUUCGGCUGCAGAAGACCGGGCUAUAUCCUCGUGAAUCCGCGACCAAUCGUCUGCAUUCGCGAACCCGAGUGCAAGGUGGUGAAGCCUCUCGGUUUGGCCUCCGGACGAAUCCCGGACUCGGCGAUAAACGCCACUUCCGAGAGACCCAACUACGAAGCUCGUAACAUCCGUCUGAACUCGGUGACUGGCUGGUGCGGUAGACAACAGCCUUUCACUUAUGUGAGCGUCGAUCUCGGUCGCGUGCACCGCGUUAAAGCGCUUCUCGUCAAGGGCGUCAUCACCAACGACGUCGUCGGCAGACCAGCAGAGAUCCGGUUAUUCUACAAACAGGCGGAGAAUGAGAACUACGUUGUUUAUUAUCCAAACUUCACCCUGAGUGUGCGCGAGCCUGGAAAUUACGGCGAAUUGGCGAUGAUUACGCUGCCCAAGUAUGUGCAGGCUCGCUUCGUGGUUAUCGGUAUCGUUACCUUCAUACAAAAUGCCUGCAUGAAAUUCGAGCUGAUGGGAUGUGAAGAACCGGAGACGGAGCCAUUGUUGGGUUACGAUUACGGAUUCUCGCCAUGUGUAGACAACGAGCCGCCGGUCUUCCAGAACUGCCCGCAGCAACCUAUAGUCGUGCAGAAGACAGCCGACGGCGGCUUACUCCCAGUGAACUUUACCGUACCGACGGCUAUUGACAACAGCGGAAGUAUCGCUCGAUUGGAGGUGAUACCUCGGGGUUUCAAGACUCCCGUUUACAUUUUCAAAGAUACCGUUGUAAAAUACGUGGCCUUUGACUACGACGGCAACGUCGCAAUUUGCGAGAUUAACAUCACCGUGCCGGAUGUGACACCACCGAGACUGAGCUGUCCGCAAAGCUACGUAAUCGAGCUGAUCGAUCGACAAGAAAGCUACCCCAUCAACUUCAACGAGACGCGAAAGCUCAUCAAUGCUACAGACGCAUCUGAUCCCGUAAAGAUCAUCUUCGAACCGCAACACGCAUUGGUUCAAAUCGGCGAGUUUAAGAAUGUCACGGUAUACGCGACGGAUCCCAGCGGUAACACGGCCCAGUGCCACUUCCAGGUGUCGGUCCAGGCGACACCUUGCGUCGAUUGGGAACUAAAACCGCCGGCUAACGGUGAAAUAAAAUGCGUCCCCGGAGACAAGGGAUUGCAGUGCAAUGCCACCUGUAAGACUGGAUACAAAUUCACCGAUGGCUCACUCAUCAAAAUAUUUGGUUGCGUCAACAAACGUUGGACGCCCACGUCGGUGGUCCCCGACUGCGUAUCCGAAAAUACGCAACAGGCUAAUUAUCAUGUGAUCGCCUCGGUAAGCUAUCGUGCGAAUGGCGCCGUUUCACGAUCCUGCUUGCCAAUGUAUCAGGAUCUGAUGGCUCAACAUUACACGAACCUGAGCACCUUUUUGUCAUGGCGUUGCACUCUUGUCAAUAUGUAUAACGUAUCUUUCGUACAAUCGAUGCCUUCCCUGAUUGAAGAGAACAUUCUAAAGAUGGAUUUCGUCCUGCUGGUCGUUUCUACAACACACGAGGCGCAACUUUACGAUCAUUGCGGCAACACGUUGAGUAUCAUCUUUGAUUUGAAAUUUGCAAACGACAACGCGCAUAUCGAGCCUCUGUUGAAUAUUUCUGCAAUUGGUAAUCAAUGUCCGCCUCUUCGUGCUCUCAAGUCGUCCGUCACCAAAGGCUUCACGUGCAGUGUCGGCGAAGUAUUGAACACAGAUAACGCCAAUGCUACUCGCUGUCUACACUGUCCCGCCGGAACGUUCUCCGGCGAGAAGCAGGAGCAGUGUAAGCCUUGCCCGAAGGGUUUCUAUCAAAACAGCGAGCGACAAGGCUCCUGCAUACAGUGUCCGGCCGGCACUUACACCAAGGAAAAAGGCACAAAGAACAUGGAGGAUUGCAUACCGGUCUGCGGUUAUGGCACAUAUUCACCCACUGGUCUCGUGCCUUGCUUGGAAUGUCCAAGGAACAGUUAUACCGGCGAACCGCCGAUAGAAGGUUGCAAGGACUGCCAGAUCUGUCCGUCCGGUACAUUCACCUAUCAGCCUGCCGCGUCCGGUCGCGAUCGCUGUCGCGCCAAGUGUUCACCGGGCAUGUACUCCGACACGGGUCUCGCGCCUUGUGCCCAGUGCCCGGAAAACUUUUUCCAGCCUCAGCAUGGCGCUACCACUUGCGAGGAGUGUCACGAUACCACGUACACAGACAGAUCGGGUUCGGUAGAUCGCAACGAGUGCAAGCACGUCCAAUGCACCGAUAUUGUAUGCGAACAUGGCGGUCUCUGUGUGCCAUUAGGACACGAUGUACAUUGUCUGUGUCCGGCUGGCUUUUCCGGCAAACGUUGCGAGAUCGACAUUGACGAGUGUGCGUCUCAGCCGUGUUACAACGGCGCAACCUGCGUCGACCUGCCGCAGGGCUAUCGGUGCCAGUGCGCCAAUGGUUACUCCGGUAUCAACUGUCAGGAGGAGAAGUCGGAUUGUGCCAACGACACGUGUCCGGAGAGGGCCAUGUGCAAGGACGAGCCCGGCUUGAACAAUUACACUUGUCUUUGUCGUUCUGGAUACGCCGGCUCCCAUUGCGACACAACGAUAAAUCCUUGCACGGGCAGCGAUAAUCCAUGCAAUAACGGCGCAACCUGUGUGGCUCUCGAACAAGGCCGCUACAAAUGCAAGUGCCCGCCCGGAUGGGAAGGUCAGAGCUGCGAGAUCAAUAUCGACGACUGCGCUGAGCGACCCUGUCUGCUCAACGCGACUUGCACCGAUCUGAUCAACGACUUUUCCUGCAACUGUCCGCCUGGUUUCACCGGCAAGCGUUGCCACGAGAAGAUUGACCUUUGUUCCGGCAGUCCCUGUCUAAACGGUAUCUGUGUGGACAAUCUGUUUAAACACGAAUGCAUCUGCUAUCCGGGAUGGUCCGGCCCGGCCUGCGAGAGCAACGUGAACGAGUGUUCGUCUAAACCAUGCCGGAACAACGGCCAGUGCAUCGAUCAGAUCGAUGACUACACCUGUACAUGCGAGCCCGGUUACACCGGCAAGCAGUGUCAGCACACUAUCGACGACUGCGCGUCCGAUCCUUGCCAGAACGGUGCCACGUGUAUCGACCAGCUCGAAGGUUUCGUUUGCAAGUGCAGACCCGGCUACGUCGGCUUGCAGUGCGAGGCGGAGAUCGACGAGUGUCUGAGCGAUCCCUGUAAUCCGGUUGGCACGGAACGCUGUAUAGAUCUUGACAACACUUUUGUCUGCCACUGCCACGAAGGUUACACCGGCGCGUUCUGCGAGAUCAACGUGGACGACUGCGCGUCCGAUCCUUGUCAGAACGGCGCUACGUGUCGAGACGAGGUCGCUGGCUUCAAGUGUACGUGCGCGAAUGGAUGGACCGGCGUACACUGUCAGACAGACAUCGGUACUUGCCAGAAUCAACCGUGUCAGAACGACGCUGCCUGUGUGGACCUAUUCUUGGACUACUUCUGCGUAUGCCCGUCCGGAACCGAUGGCAAGCGAUGCGAGACCGCACCCGAGCGUUGCAUCGGAAAUCCGUGCAUGCAUCUAGGUCGUUGCCAAGACUUUGGCUCGGGCUUGAAUUGUACCUGCCCGGAAGAUUAUACAGGUAUCGGUUGCCAGUACGAAUACGAUGCUUGCCAGGCGGGCGCUUGCAAGAACAGCGCCACUUGCAUCGACGAAGGAACCGGAUUCACCUGUGUAUGUCCUCCAGGAUAUACAGGUCAUACUUGCGAGGAGGAUAUAAUCGAUUGUAAGGAGAACUCUUGUCCACCAUCGGCAACAUGCAUUGAUCUUACCGGCAAGUUUUUCUGCCAGUGUCCGUUCAACCUGACUGGCGACGAUUGCAGAAAAUCGAUUCAAGUGGACUAUGACUUAUACUUUAGUAAUCCAAGACGCAGCAGUGCGUCACAGAUCGUUCCGUUCUUCACUGGCUCGACAAAGAGCUUAACGGUCGCCAUGUGGGUGCAAUUUACACUGAGAGACGGCAACGGAAAUUUCUUCACUCUUUACGGCGUUAGUUCGCCGCACGUUCCAACGAAUCGUAGGCUUAUGAUUCAAGCGCACAGUAACGGAGUCCAAAUAUCCCUCUUCCGCGAUCUGCCAGACGUACACUUGCCGUUUGGAGAAUACGCGACGAUAAACGACGGACAGUGGCAUCACAUUGCGGUUGUUUGGAAUGGAGAAAACGGCGGAGAGCUCACUCUAAUCACAGAAGGUCUCAUCGCCCAAAAGACCAAAGGCUAUGGCAGCGGCAGAUCGCUGCCAGCUUACGCGUGGGCAGUGCUGGGGAAUCCACAGAGCGAAAACACAAAGGGCUACACAGAGUCUGGUUUCCGAGGUCAUCUGACCAAGGUGCAAGUAUGGAGCCGCGCGUUGCACGUGAUUAACGAGAUUCAGAAGCAAGUGCGCGACUGCCGAACGGAACCAGUUCUUUAUCAAGGUCUGAUACUCACAUGGGCGGGAUACGACGAAACUAUAGGUGGUGUCGAAAGAGUCGUACCAUCGCACUGCGGUCACAGGGUCUGCCCGCCUGGUUAUGGCGGUAACAAGUGUCAGCAGCUCGAAGCCGACAAGAUUCCGCCCAAAGUGGAAUACUGCCCGGGUGAUCUUUGGGUGAUUGCAAAGAAUGGCUCAUCUAUCGUGACCUGGGAUGAACCGCGUUUCAGCGAUAACGUUGACAUCGCAAAAGUGCAGGAGAAGAAUGGGCACCGGUCCGGACAGACUCUGCUCUGGGGCACUUACGAUAUCAGCUACGUGGCUUACGAUCAGGCUGGUAACUCGGCCAGCUGUAAUUUCAAGGUUUACGUAUUAUCGGACUUUUGCCCGGUGCUGGACGAUCCAAUCGGCGGCACGCAACAAUGUAAAGAUUGGGGUUCCGGUAGCCAGUUCAAAGUUUGCGAGAUUUCUUGCAACACCGGACUUCGAUUUUCGCAGGAGGUUCCCAAGUUUUAUACGUGCGGCGCGGAAGGUUUCUGGAGACCCACUAGUGAUCCUAGUUUGCCUUUGGUGUAUCCCGCCUGUACAACUGCCACCUCAGCACAAAGAGUCUUCAGAAUUAAAAUGAGUUUCCCCACAUCGGUGCUGUGCAACGAAGCUGGCCAGGGUGUACUCCGAAACAAGGUGAAAAACGCCGUCAACUCCUUGAACAGGGAUUGGAAUUUCUGUUCGUACUCUUACGAAGGAAAUCGCAAAUGCAAGGACCUCGAUAUCGACGUACAAUGCGAUCAUCGCGUACGUACGACAAGAGAUACGAGCGAGGAAGAUGGUGGAACGUACAUCAUCUCUGCGAUUAUGCCCACAAAGCCAACGAGACAGGGUCGCCAAGGCAGUGAUACCUACGAGGUGGAGAUCUCGUUCCCGGCGAUAAACGACCCAAUCCUGAAUGUCAAUUCGAACGAGCGCGCUACCGUGCAGACAUUGCUCGAAAGGCUGAUCCUGGAGGAGGGUAAAUUCGACGUCCGGCACAUCUUACCCAACACCGUGCCUGAUCCUGCAUCUCUUGUUCUGGAGUCCGAUUAUACUUGUCCAGUCGGCCAAGUUGUCAUGGCGCCGGAUUGCGUGCCAUGCGCGGUCGGUACUUAUUACGACGAGACGAGGAAGCAGUGCGCAUCUUGUCCAGUCGGCACUUAUCAGAGCGAAUCCGGCCAACUGCGGUGCAGCUCCUGUCCGGUGAUUGCCGGUCGACCCAGCGUGACCGUGGGUCCUGGCGCGCGUAGCGCGGCGGACUGCAAAGAACGUUGCCCCGCGGGCAAGUAUUACGACGACGUGGCUGGUCUUUGUCGUAGCUGCGGCCACGGAUUCUACCAGCCCAACGAGGGCAGCUUCUCCUGCCUUCUGUGCGGCCUUGGCAAGACAACAAGGACUGCUGAGGCAGUGUCACGCGAGGAAUGCCGUGACGAGUGCGGAUCUGGACAGCAAUUGGCCGUCGAAGGGAAAUGUGAGCCCUGUCCACGCGGCACGUAUCGCACUCAAGGGGUUCAAGCGUCCUGCCAUGCCUGUCCUAUAGGCAGGACGACUCCUAAUAUGGGAUCUGCCGCCGUGGAGGAGUGCUCGCUUCCAGUUUGCGAGCCUGGAACCUAUCUUAACGGUACUCUCAACGAAUGCGUGGAGUGUAAGAAGGGCACGUAUCAAUCGGAACCACAACAGACAUUUUGCAUCCCGUGUCCACCGAACACAAGCACCAAAGGACCCGCCGCUACGAGUAAGGCGGAUUGUACGAAUCCGUGCGAGACCAGCGGCGAGGAAAUGCACUGCGAUGCAAACGCCUACUGUUUACUCAUACCGGAGACAAGCGACUUCAAAUGCGAAUGUAAACCCGGCUACAAUGGCACCGGAACCGUGUGCACGGACGUUUGCCUGGGUUAUUGCGAUAAUGAGGGUGUCUGCCUGAAGGAUUCACGUGGGCAACCCUCGUGCAGAUGUAGCGGCAGCUUCACCGGCAAGCAUUGCACAGACAAGUCCGAGUUCUUCUACAUCACCGGUGGCAUAGCGGGUGGUGUUAUCUUGAUUAUUAUCGUAGUAUUGCUCGUCUGGAUGAUCUGCGUGAGAGCUUCUAGAAAGAAGGAGCCGAAGAAAAUGCUUACUCCAGCGACUGAUCAGAACGGUUCUCAAGUUAAUUUCUAUUAUGGCGCACCGACGCCCUAUGCCGAAUCGAUAGCACCGUCCCAUCAUAGCACGUAUGCUCAUUAUUACGACGACGAAGAAGAUGGCUGGGAAAUGCCCAAUUUUUACAACGAGACUUACAUGAAAGAGAGCCUGCACAACGGCAAGAUGAAUAGUCUUGCUCGAUCGAAUGCCAGUAUUUACGGCACGAAAGACGAUCUUUACGACAGACUGAAGCGUCACGCGUAUACUGGUAAAAAAGAUAAGAGCGACAGCGACAGCGAAGGCCAGUGACCGGGUAGAACAAUGAGUUUCAUGCCAACGUAGAGUACGAAAAAGCGAGAGAUAUCGGUGUAAUCAGACGGGGCGACGACGGUCUUUCAUCCUUCGUACGACGUCGUCGUCGUUGCUCCUCCCGAUCGACGGAUCGUGUUGUAUUUAUUGCAUAUCCUUCUUCUGAGAUGUCGCGCGGAAUCCGCGGCUGUCCUUAUCGGAACUAAACGCAAAGCUGAACGACAUCAAAAAAGAAUAAGAAAGAAAGAAAGAAAGAGAGAGAGAGAGAGAGAGAGAGAGAGAGAGAGAGAGAGUGUGUGAGUGAAUUAGUGAGUGACUCGAUCGGGCCGCGAGAUCUCCAGUUCAUGCAAGAGACGCGCGCUUGGAUCGACGACGAGCGACACAGAGUCCUGGAACGACGAUCGGUAAGCGCGAUACACCGAUCGUCGCUUCGGCACGCGUCCGUCGAGACGGACAUGCACAAACAAAAGUUCUCCCGGAAAUUCGAGACGCGCCACAUUGCCACAAGAAACUCAAAGAGAAAAGAAAUAGAGAAAAAAAGAGAAACGGGACGUUCUUUAAAAUGAAAUUCGAUGCGUGUUCAAUGAUUAAAGAGACUUGCGCGCGCACGUAUGAAGUUGUAAUUUUUGUAAUUUAAUACCAUCUAGAUUAUAAGAACCACUUCGCAACAUCAUUAUCGCCAACAAUUCCGUUCCCCUCUUCCUCCACUAUAUCCUUUAUUCACUCGUACGAUUAAUGGUGCGUACAUGACAAGAAGUGUGUGCUUGUAUGUUGAUAUAACAAUAUGUACGUGGAUUUAUAUUUUGUUAUUCGAAAAUAUACGCGCAUCACGUUGUAAUAUAAUGGUGUGCGGUCACGCGAACGAAACGUGACCGAGAAUAUGUUCAGCGAAGUUCUUGUCGGAUUUAAAUAACGAGCGUGAGAGGAUAAGGAUGAUUCGCGCAGUGACCAAAAGAAAAAUAAAUAAAUAUAUAUAUGUGUGUGUGUGUGUGUGUGUGUGUAUUUUGAGAAUAUUCGCGCGGGUGCGCCAAUUCGUUUUCUCGCGCGACGAUAAUCACUCUGUAAAGUGAAACGAUUCGCGCCAUUGGCGCUUGGAUGCAACAAAAAAGAUAAGAGAAUGUAUGUCCGCGGCGAGUGUACACCGAACGACCAUGCUCUGUUUUUCAUUUAUGUUGUAUAGAAAAGAAAAAAUAAAUUUAACAGAUAGUUGUUUUUUUAUUAAUAAAACAUAUUUCGAUAAAA